AUGGACCACGCCAUGUAUCAUUCCCUUGGCAUGGGCCAGCAAGAUCCCAACGACCCAAACAACCAGUACAACCAGUCGAACCAGGGCACACCCAAUCAGUUCCAACCGCCGGUUGCUCCCAAUCCAUACCAACAGCAGCAACAACAACAACAGUUCCCCCCUCAGGGCACUCCCCAGGGACAGCAAUACUAUGGCACGCCCUCGUCAAUGCCACCUGGCGGUCCCUCGCCCCAGCCAACACAGGGAUAUUUCCAGGGCCAGCACCAAGCAGACCCGAACGAUAUAACAUCACAGAUGGCAGGCAUGUCGCUAGGCUCUGAGGGCCACCAGGUUGGGACGGGGAAGAGGAAGAAGAAGGACAGGCACGCAUACCACCAGGUCGAAUCCACCGGGUCUUCUCAGCCAUUCAACGGCAUCCCUCCCGCAGGUACACCUGCUACGGCCUUCCUGAAUGCGGACCCCUCAGGGACCACUGGCUUCGUUGGUCAGCCGGGUUUCUCGCCUCAGCCUCAUCAAGGCCAGUUUCCGGCUCCCGCCAAUGCCCCGUAUACACCGGGGAGUACUGCUUCUCCAGCAGAGUUCGGGGCAAGAAAUGGCUCCAGUGAAGCUGCUGUCGCAGCUGGAGGCCAGAACAAGGUCUCACAGGACGAGCUGCCCAGCGUGCCUAUCGCUCGAGACGCCGCGCAGCAAUAUUAUCUCACCAACAUAUACCCUACCUUCGAGAAACAUGUACCGCCUCCCGCUUCAGUUUCCUUCGUCGCCUUUGACCAAGGCAAUUCCUCACCGAAGUUCGCCCGCCUGACUAUGAACAACAUUCCCGCUACUUCUGAGGCAUUGCAUACGACUGGCCUUCCUCUCGGACUCAUGCUUCAACCACUGGCUAAGGCACAAGCAGGAGAGUCUGAGGUCCCUGUUCUAGACUUUGGUGAUAUUGGUCCACCCAGGUGCCGGAGGUGUCGAGCAUACAUCAAUCCUUUCAUGAUGUUCCGUUCGGGUGGCAACAAGUUUGUUUGCAACCUAUGCACAUAUCCCAAUGAUACCCCGCCAGAAUAUUUCUGUGCAACUUCGCCGCAAGGCAUUCGUGUUGACCGAGACCAACGACCUGAGCUGUGCCGUGGUACCGUCGAAUUUGUCUGCCCCAAGGAGUACUACAACAGGGAGCCAGUAGGCUUAAGAUGGCUGUUUGUUAUCGAUGUAACCCAAGAGGCUUACAACAAGGGUUACCUCGAAGCGUUCUGUGAUGGCAUUUUGGCCACUUUAUACGGCGCGGACGAAUCAGAUGAAAAGGACGAGAAUGGCGAGGCGAAGAAAAGAAUACCACCCAACUCAAGGGUUGGAUUCGUCACUUAUGACAAGGAGGUGCACUUUUACAACUGCAGUGCUGCGUUGGAACAAGCCCAAAUGAUGAUCAUGCCCGACAUCGAGGAUCCAUUUGUACCUCUGAGCGAUGGCCUUUUUGUUGACCCUCAGGAGUCGAAGACUGUCAUCUCAUCUCUGCUCACAAGAUUACCCCAGAUGUUCUCUGCAAUUAAGAACCCAGAGCCCGCGCUGCUGUCUACUCUCACUUCCGCCGUCUCCUCUUUGGAGAAGACCGGAGGCAAACUAAUCUGCUCGCUGUCAGCAUUGCCUACAUGGGGCCCUGGCCGUUUGUUUAUGAGGGACGACGGCAAGCACCCUGGUGGCGAGAUAGACAAGAAACUGUUCACAACUGAGCAUCCUGGAUGGAGGAAGCUCGGCGAGAGGAUGGCUGCCGCUGGAGUCGGUGUCGAUUUCUUCUUGGCUGCACCCACUGGUGGCUAUCUCGACAUUGCUACAAUAGGUUAUGUGUCUGCCAUAACCGGUGGUGAGACCUUCUACUAUCCGAACUUUGUAAACGGAAGAGAUAAUGCCAAGUUGUCACUUGAGGUGAAGCAUGCAGUCACUCGAGAGACCGGCUACGAAGCUCUCAUGAAAGUGCGGUGCUCCAACGGUCUGCAAGUCUCCGGGUACCACGGCAACUUCAUACAACACACCUUUGGUGCCGAUCUCGAGAUUGGUAGCAUCGAUGCGGACAGGGCAAUUGGCGUCACUUUCAGCCACGACGGCAAGCUAGACUCGAAACUGGAUGCUCACUUCCAGUCGGCGUUGCUGUACACCACCGCAAAUGGCGAGCGCAGAGUGCGCUGUUGCAACAUUGUGGCUAGUGUCAGUGACAAUGCCAAGGAGAGCAUCAAGUUUGUCGACCAAGACGCGGUUGUCUCGAUCAUCGCCAAGGAAGCAGCGACAAAACUAGCAAGCACAUCAUCCUCACUGAAAGACAUCAGGCUCAUCCUACAGGAGAAGACGAUCGACGUGAUGGCUGGCUACAGGAAGCAUUUCGUUUCGCAGUCGUAUCCACCGGCGCAGCUCGUCAUGCCAGACAAGCUCAAGGAGCUCUGCAUGUACAUGCUCAGCAUGAUCAAGUGCAGAGCUUUCAAGGGCGGCAACGAGACCUCGGACCGACGUGUACACGAGAUGCGAAUGAUCCGCGGGAUGGGCUGCCUCGAAAUGAGUCUGUACCUCUAUCCGCGCAUGAUAGCUGUCCACAACCUUCAGGAGACGGAAGGAUUCGCGGACCCUGAAACAGGCCACCUGAAGCUUCCGCCUACGAUGCGCAACACCUUCAGCAAGGUCGAGCCGGGCGGGGUAUACCUAAUGGAUAAUGGUCAACAAUGUAUCAUGUGGUUCCACGCUCAGACGUCGCCGAAUCUGAUCCAGGAUCUCUUUGGCGAAGACAAGACAACGCUACAGAGUCUCGACGCAUAUACGAGCGAGUUGCCCGUGUUGGAGACGCUUCUGAGUGCGCAAGUGCGGAAUAUCAUCGAGUUCUGGAAGACGCUAAGGGGCUCCAAGGGCUUCACUGUUCAGCUCGCAAGGCAAGGUAUUGAUGGCGCCGAGUAUGAGUGGGCGCGCGGGCUGGUCGAAGACAGGUACGUAACUUACGACAAGGACAACAGGGCAUAUGCUGACACCACGAUCAGGAAUAAUGAGGCGCAGUCGUAUGUGGACUGGCUCGUCAACAUACACCGCAUGGUGCAGCUCGAGCUCGCAGGUCAGCGCAAGAAGGAGGUCGAGACGGAGAACUCGGCCAUGGGGACCUUCGCCGGCCUAAGGCCCGCCUACUGGUAA